UGUGAAUUCAAGGGAUGUACAGUAAAAUACCUAAAUCAUUUGACAGUAAACGGUGCAUUGUUGUUUUUGAUUCUUGUUCUUGAGUAGCUCAGUCUCCAAAACCCUAAACAGGGAAGAAGAGAAAAAACAUGGUUGGGUCGCUACUAGUGCAGAGAUUAAAUGCCAGAAGAAGCUUAGCAUCAUUACUCUUUUCCAGAACAUUCGCCUCUAAAAAACCCAAAUCAUCCCCCGUUACGAAGAAUGCAACCAAAUCCAAGAAAGGCGAUCCCAAAUCGAAGAACAAACACGAAGAAUUUGGCUUGGCAGCAGAUGAUACCUCUUCUUCUGCAACGGAUAAUCUCGUAAUUGACGAUUCUUCUAGGCUCCAGCAGCUUGCUUUAGAUGACAAGGACAAGUCUCUUGAUGUUGGACUUGACGGCCGGCCUCUUUUCACUUCUGCUACCUCCAUUUCUCAGCUUAACCAUAAACAUGCUUCUUCUUACAUUAAUUUCAGUAUGAAAGAACUUGAUGCGGUUUUACCAGAGGGUUUGCCGGAUGGAAUGUUGAAGGAGUUUGAGGAUUCUAAGAGGAAUGCGCUGCUUGUUCGACAGAGCUUUCUGGAUCUUCGUGAUAAUUAUAGGCGUAUUGUUGACCCCCCUUUGCAAUCGGCUGCUGCUGUCAAAGGUCCCAAAGCGCAAAAGCAAAUUGUACUGGAUGGGCCUGUAAGCUGUGGCAAAAGUAUAGCAUUGGCCAUGCUUGUGCACUGGGCACGUAGUGAAGGUUGGUUGGUUUUUUAUGUCCCAAAAGGUCGAGAAUGGACCCAUGGAGGAUUUUUCUAUCGGAACCAGCAAACCGGUCUAUGGGAUACACCAGUCCAGGCUGCUAGCAUUUUGCAGGAUUUUAUGAAGUACAACGAAUCACGCCUACUUCAGUUGCCGUGUCAAGUGUUUGAUCCUAUUCCAUUGGGAGAGGGCGUUGGUGUUGGACAGAUGAAAGAUGUUGAUACAAUGGCAAUGCCUGAAGGUUCAACACUAUAUGACCUGGUUCAAGCAGGACUAAAUUACACGCAUGCUUCUGUAGGAGUGUUGGUCCAACUGAGAAAAGAGCUGUCAUUAGUAAAGGACAUUCCUGUUCUUAUCGCAAUUGAUCAAUACAAUAAUUGGUUUACGUUCAGUGAAUAUGAGGAACCGGUAACUGUUCGUUCCACUCGGCCAAUUCAUGCUAAAGAACUUGCCACGGUUAAUGCAUUCAGGUCUAUGAUAAAUGAUGACAUGAUGAUCGGUGCUUUCUCUCAUUCUACAGCUGUAGGAAAACUGCGCCAAGAGUUACCUGAUGUUCCCACUGGCGCUCGCAUUAAUUUCCCUCGUUAUACCCUGGAAGAAGCUGGCACUGUUUGCCACUACUACCUCAGGCAAAGGCUAAUACGUCGUGAAGCGUUCUCGGAAGAUGGGUGGAAGAAAUUGUACUAUCUGUCAUAUGGUAAUGGAGCAGAGCUAAGAUGGUUAGUACCCUUCAUGCGGUGACCUUGUUAUGACUGUAUUGUUCGUUACACCUUGGAAGUUGAACAUAAUGUGGUGUUGAUGGCUGUGAUUGCCUUUUGCAUUUUGAUUGGCUACGGUGAGGUUCGAAGCAAUUGAUUAAGUUUUAAUUGGGAAAUAGAAUUUGUGCUUGUUUUAUGAAGAAACAUAUAUCUUGAUUGCCUCGUACCAGUGAUGAAGUUAUAUCAUGGCUUUUGUCAUGCAUCAGAUACCAAGCUUUUAGGAGCCCUCUCUUCAAGAAAUGCCUUUUGUUAAAUUUUGGGAAUUAAAAAUUUCUUUAACAUAUCUCUGAAGUAGUCUAACAAGAUUCAAGGAAGUUUUUUGCAAUUUAGUCUGUUGUUGACUUGGUAAUUAAUAAUUUUAUAUAUUGUCGCUUCCACUACAUUCUUUGACUGUUGAGGUCAUUGAUGUUGUAAUAAUUUAGCAAUGAAUAACAUUGUAGUUAUAACAUUGUAGUUUGUCUUUGAUUAUAUUUUAAGAGAGUUAAUUUGCCUAA